AACCUGACAGCGAGUCCACACCCGCCUUAGUCACCGGAUCUGCUCCCAAGCAACUUCCGGCUCCUCCCCCCAAAGUCAAACGACCUCGGAAGGUGAACGUGAUUCGGGACAAGGUAGCCAGGACUGCCCAGCUCGGGCUCCACAAAGCGCCUGCAGGGGGCGCUCGAAACCCAGGCCAUCAGGGGAGAACUGAAACUACAUUUCCCAGCAUCCUGCGCGCAACCGACCCACUUCCGGAACCGACGACGAACAUGGCGGCGUCCGGGGAGCACGAUUCUCUUCCUGAAGAGCCCCAGCCCACGGUGGAGGAGGAAACGAAAACGUUUAAGGACCUGGGCGUGACAGAUGUCUUGUGUGAAGCUUGUGACCAGUUGGGAUGGACAAAGCCCACCAAGAUCCAGAUUGAAGCUAUUCCCAUGGCCUUACAAGGUCGUGAUAUCAUUGGGCUGGCAGAAACUGGUUCUGGAAAAACAGGGGCCUUUGCUUUGCCCAUUCUGAAUGCACUGCUGGACACGCCCCAGCGCUUGUUUGCCCUGGUUCUCACCCCAACCCGGGAGCUGGCCUUUCAGAUCUCAGAGCAGUUUGAAGCCCUGGGGUCCUCCAUUGGAGUGCAGUGUGCUGUGAUUGUAGGUGGAAUUGAUUCAAUGUCCCAGUCUUUGGCCUUGGCAAAAAAACCACAUGUAGUAAUAGCAACUCCUGGUCGAUUGAUUGACCACUUGGAAAAUACAAAAGGUUUCAAUUUAAGAGCUCUCAAAUACUUGGUCAUGGAUGAAGCAGACCGGAUACUGAACAUGGAUUUUGAGACAGAAGUGGACAAAAUCUUGAAAGUGAUUCCCCGAGACCGGAAGACAUUUCUGUUCUCUGCUACCAUGACCAAGAAGGUGCAAAAACUUCAGCGAGCGGCUCUGAAGAAUCCUGUGAAAUGUGCUGUUUCUUCCAAAUACCAGACAGUUGAGAAAUUACAACAGUAUUAUCUUUUUAUUCCCUCUAAAUUCAAGGAUACUUACCUCGUUUACAUUCUAAAUGAACUGGCCGGAAACUCCUUUAUGAUAUUCUGUAGCACCUGUAACAACACUCAGAGAACAGCUCUGCUACUCCGAAAUCUCGGAUUCACAGCCAUUCCCCUCCAUGGACAGAUGAGUCAGAGCAAGCGUCUGGGAUCCCUUAAUAAAUUUAAGGCCAAGGCUCGUUCCAUCCUUCUGGCCACUGACGUUGCAAGCAGAGGUUUGGACAUCCCUCAUGUAGAUGUAGUUGUCAACUUUGAUAUUCCGACUCAUUCCAAGGAUUACAUUCACCGAGUAGGUCGAACAGCCAGAGCCGGGCGCUCAGGGAAGGCCAUUACUUUUGUCACACAGUACGACGUGGAGCUCUUCCAGCGCAUAGAGCACUUAAUUGGGAAGAAGCUGCCUGUCUUCCCAACGCAGGAUGACGAGGUUAUGAUGCUGACAGAACGUGUGACUGAAGCCCAGAGAUUUGCCCGGAUGGAGUUAAGGGAACAUGGUGAAAAGAAGAAACGCUCUCGAGAGGAUGCCGGAGACAACGAUGACAUGGAGGGCGCCAUUGGAGUCCGGAACAAGGUGGCCGGAGGGAAGAUGAAGAAGCGGAAAGGCCGCUAGUCACUGUCACAGGGACUCGUGUCCUGCUCUGUCUGUAAGCAGGGAUCAGAGAGGAGAAUGAAACGCCUCCUCCACCGGAGCUCCUCACAGCGGAAUCUGUGGGAAUCACGCCCAGAAACUGCCCACCCCUCUGAGCGUUGGGUGUCAUCGCUGCUGCAUGAGCUUUACAGCACCAAUGGCAGGACUCGCCGUUCUUCAUCUUCAGUUCCUUGCUGGUGACAUGAGCGGUCCUGCCCCUCUGUCACUUCACACAGACCUUGUGCCUUUUUCAGCUGCAGGUCAAGGAUGUGAGUGAUGAAGCACACGGCCAGUCACUAAUGCAAAGACAAUUGAACAUUCACAGGUGGUAUUUAUGUAACUUAGCUUGUGUUUUGUUUGGGCUCGAUGUAAGACAAUAUUAUUUUAAAAAGAUUUAGACUUCUUGGAGACCUUGAUAUGAAAGGGCUUUUUAGAUUUAAGUAAGAUCUUGCUCCAAGGUAUAGUGGUGCAUGCUUGUAACCCCAGCACUGGAGGAGGAUUGCAAGGCUUGUUUUGUUUUGUUUAUCUUAAGGCAGGGUCUCUAUGUGUCUGGCCGACCUUGAACUCACAGUGAUCCUCCUGCCUCAGCCUCCCGAGUGCUGGGAUUACAGGUGUGCACCACCACGCCUGGCCAGGAUUGCAAGUUUGAGUCUUGCCUGGGCAAUUUAAUGAAUUAGCAACACCUUGUCCCCCCAAAAAUAGGUAAGAACGUGACAGUGGUGGUGAAGUGGUUCAUUUAUUGGUUGUUUUUAAUAAAGCUAAACAUUAUAGUAUGACUUUAAAAUUCAACAAAGGAACAGGUAUGAUGGAUAGCUUCGAAGGAGAAGUCCUUAAAAGGAGGCUGUGUUUUUCUUGAGGAUGGAGCAGAUCCCAUCAGUAGGACCAUAAACAUCUUUAGAUCCUAAAUAGAUUCACUCCCCGAUUGCAAGUCAAGUCUGUGGUUAGGAAGGGUGGUUUGACACGUGGUCUCCUGUCCCCCAUGGGUGUGAGUAAAAUCAGUGUGUCAGCAGUGGGGCAGUGCUGAGGCUGCUCCCGUCCACUGUCACCAGUGCCCACGCUGAGCUGGCGAGAAGUCCUCACUGGCUGGUGCUGGAGGCCUGGCUGGGACGGGAGGGUUGCUGGAACUCAGCUUUCAGCUUCCCAGCCACAGACAGUCUUGUGUUCUGAGGAGUUUUCCACACGGAAGAUGCCGGGUAAUUUUUGUUGACUCUUUAUCAAUUUUUUUAGAAGAGAAUGUAUCUGGAUUGGCAGAGCCAGGGAGAAAGAUUCCACCUGGGAAGGGUUAAGAUUGGGAAUGAAGUUGGGAAGAAGAGAAACUUUCCAUGUGCAUCUUGAAGGAAAGUAUGUUCUAAAAGUUGCAGUAUUUUGUGAGAAAAUUACAAGGCAGUAACAUUCUCUGUGGUUGUCCCAGGCUGAUCCAUUUCAUGCAGAACUUUUUAAAUAUACAGGUGAGCCUGGUGUGGUGGUGCACACCUGUAAUCCCAGGACUCGGGAGGCUGAGGCAGGAGGAUUGCAAGUUCAAGGUCAGCCUGGGCAACUUAGCAAGACCUCUCCCUAAAAGGGGUGAGGAUAUUGCUUAUUGGUAGAGUGCUCAAGGUUCAAUCCCCAGUACUACUUGAAUAAAUAGGGUGCUUUCUACUCCAGAUACAUCCUGAUAAGAUGAACCCUGUGGAUAUUGGGGUUUGUGAAUAGAAAUACAAAAUAUAGCACAUGGCUUAUUUAGUUUCUUAUGAAUUUCAUUGCUGUUCAUUAUGCUACAUUUGAAAGGUAAAUUAGAGGAGUCAGGACACAGAAAAAGAAAAGGAGAAAGGGGUAGAAACUCAGGCAGGUAGUUGAGUGGGGCCGUACUUGUGACUUACAUAUUGUGCCCACCGCUUGGAGCUGACUCUCCACAGACAUGGAGACUGAUGGGACCUCAGGGCAGCUCUGGAUGGACAGCAAGUUUAUCUCUGAGCCGAUGGAUGGUGGUUGUUGAUUCAGCUUACUGGUGAACUUCAGAAGCAAGUUGAAGUUGGAUUGGGGUACCACUGGGGGGUCAGGAGUGACUGGAGUUACCCUGGAGGAUAUCUGAACUUUUUUAUAGGCAGCGGUCUCUGACCUGGGGUCUGGUUUCCAAACAGGUUGGAAACCACUGCCCAAGGGCUGAGAAUAUAGCUCAGUGCUAGAGAUCUUGUGUAGCACGUGAGAGGACCUGGGUUCAAUCUCCAGCCCCAUAAAAGAGCAAAAUAAAACCCCAAACCCCCAAAAGCAAAGUGGCCAUUGUGAAGGGCAGGAGGUACAGAAGUACAUGAGAUCCUUUCGUAGACAAGAGCAAGGCUUUGGGUCCUCCCUACAGGUGCUCGCUUGCCUCCUCUUAUGAGGCCUUGCUGUUGAAACUUGCUGUGGUGUGUGCUCAUUCCUACAACUGCUGGAACACAAUACCAUCAACUGGUAGUAUCUUAAAACAGCAGAAAUUAAUUAUCUCACAGUUCUGGAUUCUCCGAGUCCAGCACCAAGUUGUUGACUGGGCCAGGCUCCACCUGAGGCCUCUGGAGAAGAACGCUUCCCAGCUUCUGGUGGCUGCUGGAAGUGUUGGGGCCCUUGGCUUGUGGCAGCACGUCUCCGCCUCUGCCUCCAUCUUUGCGUGGGCUUAUGUCCUGUGGGUCUCUGUGUCUUCACAUGGCCCUCUUAGAAGAGGACUAGUCACUGGAUUUAGGGUUACCCUAAUCCAGUAUGACCUCAUGGGUAAAGAUUCUAUUUCCAGUUAUAUGGGCCAUUGAGGUUUUGGGUAGACAUGAAUUUUUGGGGGGACACUAAACCCAGUACAGGAUGUCUUUGUUGCCUUGUACAUUCUUUGGGAUUUAGGAUUGUAUUGUAGAAUAGAAAUGAUGGGUAGACUUAGUUAUAAAGAAAGUAGAGAAGACAGAGAUAGGUCUUCAGAAGUAUGGGAUGGGAAAUGCAGAAAUAAAACAUGCAAGAUGACAUUCUCUUCAAUGAAAGGAAAAUUGCCUUUAUCGUCAGUAUGUCAAAGGAUCUAGAUUUGAUAAUUUUCUAGUUCUACAUUUUCUAAUUUAAGAAACUGAACCUUGAAGCAAUCUUUCUCCCCAACUGUGAGUAAAUAUGUAAACAUUUAUGACUUAAUAAAGGGAGUAUCUUGUAGCAGUCACGUAA